AUGGGUGAAUCCAAUUCGAAGUAGCGGGCUGAUGUGCCUUUUAACAGGCUGCCUUCAUUAGUUAGAGAGUGGGACAAGAACAAUCAGGAGAAUAUCGACAAAUAUCACCAGACAAUCAUGCAAGGUUCAGUGCUGAAUUCGUAGAAUAAUAUGAACACUAUGAGUCUACUUAAUCCUAAUAGCAGCAUGAUGCGGUCUUAACUCUAGAUGAAGCAGUCUGGGUUCAAGGUCACCACUGAGGGCAACAACAUGAUCAAGAACUAUCUAUCCAAUAUAUUCGACGAGGAUGGAGAUAGCAAGGAAGAGAUUAGAGAAAGUUAGAAGGAGAGACUGCUGCAGGGUUCGGUAAGACAGGGAGAGGAUGAGGAGUACACAAUAAAUGAAGAUGAUGAGGCAGGGGAUCAAGGCGCUGAAACUAUGGAAUUGAACAUCAAUACCUAUCAAGAUGGAGCUGAAGACUUGACUUCCUUGAGAAAAAAACGGAAGAGCGGAGCUCGUACUGAAUAUGAUGUGAUGUCAAAUCAGUUGAGUAGUCCAAGGCAAGUUAAUAAUCUCAGACGUAAAAAUGAACUUCUCUAGUAUCUCAAAAGUUCAAGCAUAGUAGAAGAGGAGACCAAAGAAAUAGACGAUAGAAGUAAGUACAAGAAGAUCUACUCCUCAGACGUCAACAAAAUUACCUCCUUCCAAGUUAAAGAUCUAGAUUAGCAGCGCACUGAAUCAUUCAGGGACAAUUUGGAUGCAUCAGAAUUCAAAAAGUAUCUAGCUGAGUAAAAGAAAAAUACUAAAAAGGUGCCAAUCACUCAAAGGCUCAUGAGCAGGAAGGAGAUCUUCGGUUCAUCUAAGAAAAGAAAAAACGGUAGGCUGACCAAGAGAACUGAAAACAAACUUAAGCAAGAGGAUCUGAACAUAAGAAAAUAUGAACUGCAGCAGAAGGCGAAAGAGCGUAAGCAGAAACUAGAUAAAGAUAACUUCCUCAAGAUAACAAGAGAACAGAUGAUGACCAAUGUGUGUCAGAUCAUAUUCAAGCACAUAGAGGCAGCUCAGAAGUUCAUUGAGAACCCCACUGAGGCAGCUAUGUUGUUUCACGAGAACAAUUUCACCAGGCAUGAAUGGAUAAUCCAGACAACCAGUGGCUACAGUAGUACUAUGCCUCUGUUUUUGUAUUCUUUGGAAGAGAUAGAAUAUAUCGAGAAGCCUGCUGCAGAAGGAGACCUGAUCCUGUUUAUGAGGAAAAUAUUCGAAAAGAUGCAACUAGCUUCAGAAUGCAUUAUUAUCUCAUUGAUUUAUCUCGAGAAAGUCAUGAUCAAUGGAGGCAUAGAGAUUAGAUACUGUAAUUGGAAACCAUUACUAUUUGCUGCAAUCUUAAUUUCCUCAAAGUUUUGGGAAGACAUCAAUUUUUGGAACGUGGAUUAUGUCGAAGCUAUUGGACUCUAUCAUCUGAAGUCAAUUAAUAGAAUGGAAAGUUAGUUCGUUUCACUCUGUGACUACAAUCUAUUUGUCUCCGCUGAGCUUUACACUUAGUACUAUAUGGCUGUGAGAGAGAUCAAUAACCCUAUAUAUUCAGCAGUUCAAAGCAAUAAUAUGCCAACCAAGCAUUUCAAUAGAUUUAAAGGUUCUGAUGUCGAAUAACAACCACCUACCUAAUAACAUAGAUUUAAAAGAAUAGAUUCUUAGUACGGAGACUAGUUGCAAGGCUAAGAUGAACUUUUUAAAUCCGAGAGUAGAAUCAACAGUUCUUAGUAUCAAAGACAGUCGAGUGUUAAUGAGUCAAAGAAAAAUCAAUUGCCAGUCCUUGUUACUUAAAAUUUAGGCGGCACAAAAGGACCUCAAUACCCUUCUGUGAAAGUCAAUGUUAACUAGUUCAAAGAAGAGGCUUAAGAAAUCCUCGAGGAAUCUAUUGAGGAGAAGAGAAAGGAGUCAAUUAAGCAAUCUAAGAGAAGACCUAGCGGAGGCAGAGAGCUUAUAAAGAAAUACUCUGAAAUGAGAAGAGUAUCUGGAUAUAGCGGAAAAGACUUCGAUAUAAUUCAAGAGGAGGAUAUAUCAGAAACUACACCUCUUAAUAAACAUCAAAUAGUAAGUCCUCUUAUAUAAUGA